AUGGAAAAUGGAAGGGUGAAGAAUGCAACAGCUCCAACAUCUCCGGAUAAAGAACAACCACCUAUCAUACGAUCAGUAAUUUCUCUGAAGAAUAAAAAGCGCAUAAGAGAAAUCGAAAUGGUUGAAGACUGCUUCAUCUUAGAUUUUGAUCCUUAUGAAUCAUCAUCGAAGCCUACUUCCCCUUCUCAGUUUGUCGAUCAAGAUGAUGAUGCUCCUGAUUUUAAAGUAAUUGCUCAACGUGGCAAGUGUCACUGUUAUGUUUGUGAUGUAGCUGCUCCUUGUGCUGAAUGGUCCGACCACUGCGAUGCAGAUCAUGUGCCUUAUAGCGAUUGGUGGUAUCUUCGGAGAAAAAAGAGGGGGCAAGACUAUGAGUCCGACUCAGACUCGGACUAUUUCGAAUGA